AUGUCACAACCACAAAGAGGAGGUGUACCUAAUUACAUGGACAAUGUCAUGUCAAGAUUUGGCCAUCACUUGUCUCCAAAUCAACGAACAUUUAUAUCAGAAUCAAUGGUGCCUACUUUGCAAUCAGCAAAACCAGGCAGCUAUGAAUUGCCCUACGAAGCUUCCUCAGCAGCCAUUAUACAACCUCACAUUCAUUCAGCUGGUACCACCAAUAAAGUAAUCAAUUCAUAUGACGCUUCUGUAGACAUGAAAACCUAG